ACUUUUGGUCAUUCCUCCCCUAAAAAACACAUUUUCCUGCUCUACACCAAAAUGAAUCUCAAUCCUCUUCACUCACUCACUGUCUCUCACUCCUUGCAGUCUCUCUGCUGCAUCCUGAAAAAGUAAAUCCAAGGGGAUGGCACCAAUCAAUCCAGCCAUUUCCCAUAUUACCCCACCAACCACACUAACCUAUUUCCUCCUCCUCCUCCUCGCCACCACCACGACUACCACCCCAAUUUUAGCCAUAACCAAUUUAACAGCCCUCCUCUCCUCCUUCCCUGACUUCUCCUCCUUCACUUCCCUCAUCACCUCCAUACCCUCUCUAACCUCAGACCUUUCUGACCGAUCUGCCCUUACUCUCUUAGUCAUUCCAAAUUCUUACCUUUCCUCCUCUUUAGACCUCACGCGCCGCCUCUCUCCAUCUGCCCUCGCCGACCUCCUUCGUUACCACAUCCUCCUCCAAUACCUCUCUUCCUCCGACCUCCACCAAGUUCCCCCGUCUGGGGCCCUCAUUACCACCCUCUUCCAAACCACCGGCCGUGCCUCCUCUAACUCUGGCUCUGUUAACAUCACUCGAAACCCAGUAACAAAUGCAAUCACUAUCUCCUCUCCAUCCCCAUUUUCCUCCUCAAACGCCACGGUUUUGUCCUUGAUAAAGACUCUUCCUUACAAUGUUUCCAUAAUUUCAGUGAAUUCUCUGUUAGUCCCAUAUGGUUUUGAUUUGAUGGCAUCAGAAACAAGGCCUACAUUGGGUUUGAAUAUCACUAAAGCAUUACUUGAUGGCCACAGUUUUUUGGUCGCAGCUUCUUUGUUAUCUGCUUCUGGAGUAGUACAGGAAUUUGAAGCUGAUGAAGGAGGAGCUGGGAUAACUCUUUUUGUGCCUACAGAUUCUGCUUUUUCAGAUCUGUCGGCAACUGCUAUCAGUCUACAAUCAUUGCCAGCUGAUAAGAAAGCUGAUGUCUUAAAAUUUCAUGUCUUGCAUUCCUAUUACCCUCUGGGUUCCUUGGAGUCUAUCGUUAAUCCUGUGCAGCCUACAUUGGCUACUGAAGAUAUGGGUGCUGGCAGUUUUACGCUGAAUAUUUCGAGGGUUAAUGGGUCAGUUGCGAUUGAUUCAGGGAUUGUUCAGGCGUCUGUUACGCAGACUGUUUUUGACCAGAACCCUGUUGUCAUUUUUGGUGUUUCGAAAGUGCUUUUGCCUAAAGAGAUUUUUGGGAGGAAUCCUGUGUUGACUAAUAAGCCAGGGAAUACUGAUAUGGGAAAUUCACAGCCGCCAGUUAGUGCUUUGUCACCAGAGAAUUCGCCGAAAAUGCUGUCGUCUGCUCCAGGUGUUAGAGAAGAGAUUAAGUCUGGAGUUGGAGGGUUGCAGUGGUUGAGUGCUCUACAUUUGCUUUGUGUUGUUUUUGUAUGCAAUUGUAUUUAGUGGUAUGUGUUUUAAUUAUUUUGCACUUGAUAAUCAAAGAUUUUUUUUUUUUUUGGGGGGGUGGGGGGGUGUACACUUUAUUGAAUUGAAUUUGGCUACAAAAGUAGCUUUUUUUCUGCUUUUCUUUGUAUGUGGCACUGUAGAGGGAGAUGUCUAAGUGUGAAUUGUGUAGCUUCUUGAAUAAUUUAUAUCAUAAGAGCAUCAUAUUUUCUCUGGCAGUUCUGCACUUAUUUUUUGGCACUUGUUAUGAAAAUUUGAUAAGAGUAAAUGGAGUUUUUUUUUCAUGAUUUUGGGCCGCUUUUUAUGUUCUGUGACAGUGUUGAACUUAUUAUGAGGUUUGAAACAUUGAAUUCUAACAUUGAUAUCUCCUUUAUGUUUCACCUUUUCAAGCCAUAACGGGUAUUGAUUUUUUUAUGUCCAAACCAAUCUCCACGAUGUGUUCUUCCCUAGUGCACCCUUGACAGCACAUGCUUUAUCCUAGAAACAACAAACAAAUUGGUGUGGCAGCAGGGUAUGCUUGUAUGUUGCAUUGUUGAUCUCAUUGGUACUUCUGUUUACUUUUAUAGUGUAUGAUUGAGGAGAAAUUUGAGUUUGCAAAAUUACCGGUUGUUGGCUUGUUUUGUUUGGGAGUUCCAAGUGAAGGCUUUGAAUAUGUCAAAGGCUUAUGAUUUUACAGGUAGCAAGUAGUUUUCCUACAAUCAGUUUAUGCAGCGAUGAGAGCUUCAAGUUGCAGGGGAGACAGCCUGGUUCUAGCUCCGAUAUUGGUGGUAUCAACGGCAGUUAGGAUUGCAAAAUGCUAAGUAGAUCUUAGGAUUUGGGUGUGACUAGCUUUUUGUUGCCCAAAUUCAAGUGUGAAUGCAUUCUCAUCACUUUGGUCUUGAUUUGGUGUGGUUAUAUUGGAUUUUUCUUUGAUUAAGGAAAAGAGGAUCUUUCUAAUCUUCUGUUGUUUUUAGCUUUUGGGUGAAUUUACAAAAAGAUGAAUGGUUACAGGCACUGGGGAGUCCGGUUUCAAUUUCCUUGCAUGCAAGGGCCAAGCAAGGUAAUGCCUUCUGAAUCUGACUAGGUAUUAUUGAUUUCUUUUUUCUUCUCUCUCUCUCUCUGUUUUCUUUUCUUCUUAUUCUUUUUUUUUUUUCAAUUCAACUGUGUUGUCUGGCUGCUGGGUGUGCUAUUGUAAUUUAUUGUUAUUCCAGUUCAAUAAUGAUUGAUUAAUUGCUUUUACUUGAUUGGUAUCAUUGCAGUCUUUAAUCUGGUCAAUAAGCACUCAUCAAAAUAAAACUAUAGACCCGCUUCUCGCAAGAACACUUUAAAAAAAAUUACAAGAUGUUUCUUUUUAGUGUUGCAAGUCAUUAAUCAUUGGAAGAAAACAAUGUGAGAUUUGAAGUGAAUGAUGGUCAUGGAACCAGAGGCUGGUUAGUUUCAAACUCAUUUGUGCCCUCUCUUGUGGUCCAUAACCUAUUUAUAGGAUCAUACUUUACUGAUAAAAAAUAAACGGUUCUUAAAUUUAUUGAUGACAAUCCUAUGAACCUGUUUUUGAAAAGCUUUAAGGGAAGGUCCUUGUGCUUGCUACAAUAAAUGCUGCUGGCUCAAUUGGGAAAUACUAUUUGUUGAGGUUUCCAUUCAGAAAUAGUAUUUCGUAGUAUAGAGGAGCUUAUAACUGGUUUUCUUUUGGCUUUAACUGAUUUCCAUUCUCAAUCUAUUUCUAGGUCUAGAUUACAAUUAGGGCAACAUCUAGAUCUAUGGUUUUAUUUUUUCAAACCAAGAUUUUGGCCGGUCAUUUUUAUUUUGAUUCUGUGUUUAUCAAGACAUUGACCCAUUUUGAAGUUUAAUGGAUCAUGUCAAAUUGUUUGAUCUAGAGCAAUCCCACUAGGAUCUUGAUAAGCAUGCAGCACCAUAUUUUAUGAAAGCAGUCUAGUUCUAGUUCAAUGGGACAUUUGGGUUAAGGAAAAGCAACCUUGUAAUGACUGCAGAUUUAUUUGCUGAAGUGGUAUAAAGUUAAUCAGCCUAAGGGAAACAGAGGUCUGGAGUUAAAGAAAUAGGUAACCUUGUGCUGAAACUUCCAUCAUGAAAUAAGAGGCAUUAUGAAAUUAGCUUUCAUGAUAAAAUUAGCUUUCAUGAUAAAAUGGAGCUGUGGAUAGGGCUUCAAUGCAUAAGUACAGUAGUAACUACUAAGAUAGUGUUCCAUGUUAGGACUGGGGUCAAAGGCUGUGAUUCUCACUUGUGGAAGGGCAUUUGGGUGUCUUGAGUAAACAUGUGAGCAAGCACUAGAAGGAUUGUGGGGAAGGGGCAAUAUUCACUUUCUGGUGAGAUACAUGGAUUGAGAUAGAGCCCUAUUGCUGACAAUGAAUUUCCAUCCUAUCCCAGAAGCUUGUUGGUAUUCUAAAGCAGUGGAGUGGGUUGGUGAUGUUGGAGAAUAGGCCUGGAACACGUUUUCCAUUUGGUGCCUUGUGAUCUUGCUCUGAAGAUUUACUCAUGAACCUCUCCUACAAAGCUGAGGAGAGAGACAGAUAAAUCCAUGAAAGAACUGGCGAUAGGAAGUUCUCUGUCAAGUUUGCUUAACCUUCUUGAAGGAGAUUUCUGGAGUAACUCAAGGUACAAGUGGAGGUUAGAUUGGAAAUGGAAAAGGCCACACAUGAUUCUCUAUAUCUCCUGGCUGAUACAGAACAAGAGAUUUUCAACAAAUGAGCUUUUAGAGGAACCUGGAAUCUAACAGACCCUGUUACUUGACACCUGUGCAUUACUAAUGAGUGAAGAGGAGAACAUGUGCGUAGGGACUGCUAUUUGGCCAAGUGCUUGGUUCUCUUCUGGAUGAGAAGGACAAGGUCACUUCUUUUUUUUUCCCCGAAAGAUCAUAGUGAAUGGUUGUAUUAUAAGCUUAGAGAAGUGUGUGACAAGGCCAUGGUUGAAGAUUGGGCUCUCAUCUUUGAAGUCACAAGCUGGCAAGAUUGGAGAUGGAUGAAUGGUUAUAUAUUUAACAAUAUUCUGGUGGAUAGCAAGCUAGCCAUCUUCAAGUUUCACAGGUUUUUUGCAGAAGU